AUGAAGCAUACUAAUUCAUAUUUAGCUAUUCAACCAAGUUUGAAUACUUCAUCUGCAAAAAAUAAUCUUUUUUUUCAAGAUGAAAUAUAUCUAGUUCAAUGGCUAGAGAUGCGUAAAGAUAUAAUACUACAAGCAUUAAACUCUAUAUUUUUAUCACCACCCAUUAUAUCAAAUCAGGUUAGCAACAAUUUAUCUGCCUUGAGGUUUAUAGCUAGUGCAGUAUGGGAGAAACUACUUAAAAAAUAUAUUGAUAUACUUGAUUAUGAUAUUUUUAUAAAACAACAAUCAGGAGUAAAAGUAUUAGUAAAAUUAGUUGCUAGAAGCCUCAAGAUAUAUGUAGAGUACUUGAUAGCUAAGUCUAAAGGAGAAAAUUCUGAUUAUGCUUUUAUGGUUUUAAACCACAUUAAAGAAUUAGAUAAUAUCACAAUUGAUAUUGGAUUUUUAGCAGCAACUAAUAAUGAUACUCAAUCUAAUAACAAUACUCAAUCUGAUAAUGAUACUCAAGCUGAUAAUAAUACUCAAGCCAAUUAUAAUAUUCAAGUCGAGAAUAACCAACAAUCUUACAAUAACAAUUAA